AUGCGAGCAUUUCAGUUUGCCCUCUCCGUUCUCGCCUUGCCGGCAGCUCUUGGAGCGAUCAACGACUUUGACACUUGGGAACAUGGCCGUGUUGCCCUGAACGAUGUCAGCAUACACUUUCGAUAUGCUGGCUCUGGCCCCCCAGUUCUGCUCGUUCACGGAAACCCUCAGCACAGCUUGACGUGGCAGUUCAUCGGUCCUAUCCUCGCCCAGAAUUACACGGUUAUUGCCCCCGACAACCGGGGCGCCGGAGAUUCGAGCAUCCCCCCUGACGGAAACUACAGCGCAACAGCAUCAGCUGCUGACCUCAAGGGCGUUUUGGAUUUCUUGAACGUCACGUCCGCAUACGUUUUUGCGCACGACAAAGGCGUCGGCAUGGCCACGGCCCUCGCCAUCCAGCACCCACGCUUGGUCAAGAGACUUGCCAUCGCCGAAUAUCCACUCCCAGGAUUCGGAUAUGAACAAAGCUCCAACCCGGCACCCUAUUGGGAUCUCUAUCAGAACUGGCAACUUGCCUUCUUCCAGGUUCCUGACUUGGCAGAGUUUCUCAUGUCGGGCAAAGAGAAGCAGUUUCUGGAAUGGUACUUUUACCACGGCAGCUACUCCGGUCCAGCAAGCUUUAGUGAGGAUACGGUGAACAGAUACACUUCAAGUAUCUCAAAGCCAGGAUUCCUCAAAGCAAUGCUUGGUCCUUUCUCGAGCGCGACUGUGUACGAAGACUCCAAGUUCUUCCAGUCAAAGCUGAAUGGAAGCUGUCUGAGGGUUCCGCUUCUCGGAAUGGGUGCCGAUGAGAACCCACGAUGGACUGCACGCCGUGUCGCCAAGUUUUUUGAAGAGGAUAAUUCGACGCUGGCUAGCAUUGACUUGUCUUAUUUGGAGGAUCUGGUGACUCUUGAUGUUGGAUUCUUUGGCACGCGAAGAAACCUUGCUCUUGGCCAACAGUAG